AUGCACUGCAAGUCACCAAACAUGAAAUUAGCGCUACAUUGGUAUUUUGUUUUAAGCUUUAUUUUAAGCGCUAUUGUAGCCUAUGAAAAUUUUGUAAUAAUGGAGGAAAAGAAACUAUUGCCAUUCGUAAAAUUGGUAAGAGAUAAUUAUACUGUGGAAUUGAUCCCAGAUGAUAUUACUUUAACUGAUGAGCAAACUGCGGAUCAGUGCAAAGAAUCUAGUAUUACUGUUAAUUCACCUGAAGAGCUAUUCUACUUACAAAGGAGGUGUGAUAUUCUAGAAGGUAAUUUGAUCAUUGGAACUGAUUAUCAAGAGAGAAUAAUUGAUUUAGGUUUUAUUAAAGAGAUAAAGGGUGAUUUAGUGCUUGAUGGAAAUGCAAAUAUAUUUAGGUUGGUCGGUGAAAAUUUAAAUACAAUUGGUGGAACGUUUACCCUAAGAGGGACCAUGUCGUUAGUUGCCAUUAUAUUCCCAGUAUUGAGACGCAUCAAUAUUAUUGAUUGGCAAGUAGUACCAGUACUUGAUCAUUUAGAAUUGGGUUCAAAUUUAGAAGGUCUGCAACAAUUAAUAAUAUCAGACUCGUCGAUAUCAGACUUGAAUGUAUUUAAAGGAGUGCAAGAGCUAGAUAUAUUUAAUAUUAAUAACAAUAGGUUCCUGGAGAUUAUUAAUAGUGAUUUGAAAAGAGUUAGUAAACAGUUAAGAAUACAUGCAAAUGCUGAUGAGCUAGUUAUCAAUAUGUCCCAGUUGGAGUCUGUUGAUAAUAUCACAAUAAGAGAUGCAGCUGGCAUCAAUCUACCUGAACUAACAUAUGUUAAUAGCUCUAUGGAAAUAAUAGAGAACUUUUGCAGUGAUCUCAUUCUACCAAAGUUGAAGAGAGUUGAUGGUACUUUGGGUAUUAUUGGUAAUCCCAGUCUACAAAAUGUCAGUUACCAAAACCUUAGAGUUAUACAAGGUGGUUUAAUGAUUGCAAAUAAUUCAGAACUCACUAAUUUGGACUUCUUCCCUAAUUUAAAGCAGAUAGGUGGUGCAAUCCAUUUUGAUGGUAACUUUAUAACUGCAAAUAUGCCAAAAUUAAAAUUAGUGAAAGGAAGUGCUUUUAUUAGGAGUACUGCUGAUUAUUUCGAUUGUAAGAGAUGGUUCACCCCAGUUAACGGAAGGGCAAUUGUUAGAGGCGGGAAACUAAAAUGUAUUGCCAAUGAACGUGAGAGUACAAUUAGAAUUGGUGAUGACGGCUCAUUAAUCGACAAUGAUGACUCACCACAGUACGAUGAUUCUCCAGAAAAUAAAGAUAGACAAGAGAACAGCGCGAUGCUCAGGAGUAAAAUACGUGGCCUUUUGCCUCUAACAACUCUACUAAGCAUGUAUUUGAUACUGUUUUAA